AUGUUCGCUCGUUCGACCCUCUUCGUCGCCGUCGCCGCGCUCUUCGCUGUCGCUUCCGCUGACCAGUGCAACACCGGGUCCAUUCAAUGCUGCAACUCGGUCCAUGACUCGAAGUCCAGCGCUCUCUCUGGACUCUUUAAUCUGCUCGGUAUCAACGCCGGCGAUGUGACCGGUCAGGUGGGCGUUACCUGCAGCCCCAUUUCCGCCGUAGGCGUCGGGGGGGACAGCUGCAACGCUUCACCCGUCUGCUGCGAGAACAACAACUUCAACGGCCUCGUCGCUCUUGGCUGCGUUCCCAUAAGCCUUUCUCUGUGA